AUGGCUUCCCGAAAGGCAUUAUUCGUCAUUGAUAUCCAGAAUGAGCUCAUCAAAGAUCCUGAAACCCGCAUUGCAAAUGCCGAGCGGAUCAUUAAAGCAUCCGAGGAAAUCCUCAAAGUCGCUCGUUCAGGCCUUGAUCGCAACACCCAAGAGACUGGCCGCACUUCACCCGCACUUCUUGUGUUCGUCCAACACGAGGAGUCUCCGCCUAAAGGGUCUAUGCUGAGGGGCAGCAAGCCCUGGGAACUCUUUUUCCCGCCUCGUGAGAAUCGCAAUGACGAGAUACUAGUGUCGAAGAGAACAGGAGACACUUUCGCAUCAAACCCUGAGCUUUCGGCGAGACUUCGCGACAAAGGUAUCUCGGAACUCGUCGUUUUCGGCCUUCAGAGUGAGGUUUGCGUGGAGGCGACAUGCACAGGCGCGCUAGCCGCAGGUUUUGGCGUGACCUUGCUCUCCGGUGCGCAUUCGACCUAUGAUAGUGACGGGAAGCAGGCUGGUCAGAUUGAACGUGAGGUGCAGCUUCGCUUGUCUACUCGUGGUGCUCGCGUUGUGCCGUGGGAAAAGGAAAUCUCCAUAUGGCUGUAA